GCCGUGCCGUCAAUAGAUGUCACGUGUCCUUGAUUUACGUUGUCAUCAAUACAAAACAAAAGGGUCCCAAAACAAAUGAGACUCUCUACCGAAAAAUAAAAUAGAGAGAACUGUAAGCAACAAACAAACAUCGUCUUUGUUGGAGAUAGGCGAGAGAGCGGCGGAGAGGUUAGAGUACAAGAAGGGUUUGUAAAAUGGAGUCGAGUGACGAUGUGGAGAAUCUGAGCAAAGCCAUCGAGAAGCUUCUUGAUGAGAAGAGGAAGAGAGAAGCUUCUGGUGACUCAUUUAUCGAAGACGACGACGAUCAGCUUUUGCUCUCUCGGCUUAUCUCUCAGUUGGAAUCACCGAGGAUGAAGGGAAAAACUCAUGGGACAGCCAAAGAAGAAGAAGAGGAACAAAAAGAACAAUCUCCAGAGUCUUCACCGACCAAAGGAAAACACGAGGGGAAGAAACAUUUGGAAGAGAGUAUAGAAGAAUUAGCUAAAGACAUCAAGAAGGUGCAGAGGCAGAACAAAAUUACCCAUAUACUGAUAUCGGCUACGAUCAUCCUGACAUUGACUUGGCAGCUCUCUCAGUACUCAAUGAUUUUCAUGUUGAAAGAUAGGAUUAGCCACCCAGUCAGAUCCAUAGGGGGUAUGCUUAAUGGGAUGUUCAAAAGUAAGAUACGUCCACUCAAGAAUCCACUCACGGGGGCUUCCACUUCCAAGGAGCAAAACAACCAUGGGAAUGGAACAGACAGUGGACCUCAUGUUCAAGUGCCCGAGCUGUUGCGAGAAUUUGGUUUCGAUGACGAUGACGAAUAAUAAAUAGAUCUCGUUUGUGACUCUAUAAUACAGUUGUUAUCUGGGAACUGGGGGUCACCCUCACUAUUUUCUUACUUUUCAAUAUAGGUAGUCUACUUUUGCACGGUCGUCGUGAUGGAAAAGAAAAGAAUAGUAGUUUGAUCAUAUGAAAAAGGGUUUCAAAAGGGAACCAUAUUCCAAAAUAAACAUUUGUCAUAUCCUUAAAAGUACUUACUAAAUCAUGGAUCAAUGCCCGAAAACAAAUAGAGUAAUCUCAACCAAAGUAACAAAGGAGCUCCAUUGAUUUAAAAUA